UUAUUUUUGUUUUUUUUGCUCAUUUUAAAAAUUUACAAUGUUAAAACGAAAUUACGAGACUGAUAUAGCAAUGUCAAAACCGCCGUAUGAAACAGUUCUGUUAAUAAUGAUUACUUUUACAAUCGGGAUUUGGCUUUUAUAUUUAUCUACAAAACAAUAUCAAAAAGAAAGCAUACGAAUCAUGAAAGAAGUAAUGUUAAUGAGAAAACGGAUCGGUGAUAUUUGUAAUGAAAUUGCUUCAAUUACAAAACACUGUGAUGAACAAUAUAAUCAAAUGGAUGGUCGAUUACGCGAUGUUCAAUAUGAAAUUGAAAAACAUUUAAUAGACAUUGAUCAAAUUGAACGAUACAUUGUCGAAAAAACAAAUUUACGACAUGUAAUGCCAUCUGCUGGUGAUAGUGUUCGUGUCGGUAGUGCAGGUCAUUAUCGUUCAAAAAUCGCUGAAAUCAUUGGAAAAGCAUAGUCAUGGUAUAAUAAACAUGAUUUAUCGUGUAGGUCACGACUUGCAUGUCUAAAUGAAAAACUCACAACUUUAGAGCGAAGAAUUGAUUAUUUAGAAGCCUGUGU